CUGUCCACAUUCUGCGGCUUUUUCAGUUCGUCUCGGUCGGGGGGGAAAGACCGAGACCUUUUUUUACAGAAGGUGGAGUUCGCUGUGCUUCGACUCCGGUGAGCUGGCGUCUGCUGCAAUGUUUACGCAGAGCUGAAACUACAUAUCUGCCGUCUGUGAUACAUGAAGGUAAACACCAGCCAUGGAGUUCAACAAAUUGGUGACCUUGUGGAUAUUUUGCUUGUGUCUCGUUGGGGAAAGUUGGACUGACAAACCAAGUUCACCCACACCAGAGAGCCAAGCUAUUGAAAAUGGGGCGUCAGAUGUUUUUUGUCGCAUCGAUGAGCCACUAUGCAAAGACGAGAAUGCCAUCCUCAGCUUCGAGGCUAUACGUAGUAUCCACAAGCAGAUGGAUGAUGAUGCAAACGGCAACGUAGACGUGGUAGAGACGGACGGUUUCCUGCGAGAAGAUUUAAACUACCAUGACCCCAAAGCCAAGCAUAACAGCUUCCACGGGGAUGACCAGUUUAUCAGUGUGGAGGACUUGUGGAACGCAUGGAAGGGCUCUGAAGUGUAUAACUGGACGGUGGAUGAGGUGGUAGAGUGGCUGAUCUCAUAUGUGGAACUCCCGCAGUAUGUGGAGGCGUUUCCCAAGAUGAAUUUAAAUGGCAGUGCCAUGCCAAGGCUCGCCAUAAAGAACACAACUCUGAUGCACACUAUUCUGAAGAUUCUGGACAGAAGCCAUGUGCAAAAGUUGCAGCUCAAAGCUUUGGAUACUGUAUUAUUCGGAGCGCCUCUGAUGAACAGACACAACCAUCUCAAGGACUUUAUGCUGGUUGUGUCAAUAGUCAUAGGCAUGGGGGGCUGCUGGUUUGCCUACAUCCAAAACCGCUACUCUAAGGAUCACAUGAAGAAGAUGAUGAAGGAUCUGGAGGGCCUGCAGAGAGCUGAGCAGAGUCUGCAUGACCUACAACAAAAGCUGCAGAUCGCCCAGGAGGAGCACCGUACUGUGGAAGUGGAGAAGGUCAACCUCGAGCAGAAGCUGAGGGAUGAGAUCAACACAGCCAAACAGGAGGCCCAACGCCUGCGGGAGCUACGAGAGGGCACAGAGAACGAACUGAGUCGCCAAAAGUACGCUGAGGAAGAACUGGAACAGGUGCGUAUGGCACUGAAGAAGGCAGAGAAGGAGCUGGAGUCACGGAGCAGCUGGUCACCACCAGAGUCCCUUCAGAAGUGGCUGCAGCUCACCCAUGAGGUGGAGGUGCAGUACUACAACAUCAAGAAGCAAAAUGCAGAACGACAGCUCCUGGUGGCCAAAGAAGGGGCAGAAAAGAUCAAGAAAAAGAGAAACACUCUCUUUGGGACUUUCCAUGUGGCUCACAGCUCCUCCCUGGAUGAUGUAGACCACAAAAUAUUGGCUGCAAAACAAGCCCUAGGCGAGGUGACGGCUGCUCUGCGGGAGAGGCUUCAUCGCUGGCAGCAGAUAGAGAUCCUCACAGGUUUCACCAUUGUUAACAACCCAGGCCUUCCCUCUCUGGCCUCCAGCCUCAACCUGGACACCAGCUUUAUGGGUGGCAGAGCCACGCCUCAGCACUUCAUCAUGUCCGAUGACAUGGACGACUUGGACGAGGGUAUCGUGCCUGGAACUCUGCAAUCUCCCAGUAUGAUGUCCCUGCGCCAACGCCACAUUGACCCCCAGCUGGCCAUGGGCUCCCAGAGGUUGGUAGAGAGUUGCCUGUUGACAGGGCAGCAGGGAGAGGGAUCCCCAUACCCACCCAGGUCAAGGGCCACCCUCAGACAGUCUCGCAGUCAGUCAUUCGGGCAGCUCGACUGUCUCCCUCUGCCUCCCCUUUCCUCGGCCGUGUCUCACCCCUCCAUCAUCUCUGCGUCCAGCCUAAACCCUCAGUCACUGUCCUCCUUUUCCACGUCUUCUUCCUGCUUGCCCAGUUCUGUGGGUGGUGCUGCAGCCCCUCAUUCCUCCCAUUUUUAUCAUACUUCCUUUCAGCCCAUGGACCCCAUUCCUGAUUUCACCUUCUCAGAUGUCUCCAAAGCACACAGUGAAAGCCACGGGGACCUUAAUCGCUCCGACUCCGACUCCUCCCUGUCCUUGUCACAAGUUGGUGAUCGGCUAUCUGCCUACAGCUCCAAAAGCCACCUGAUCAAGCCCACAUCUCUAAUGCACGGCCUGUCCAGCCGUGCAGAAGAUAGCAUUUCCUUGCACUCUCACACCCCUAAUGGAGGAAACCGCAUUCCCGACACCAACCCUGCAGAGCCCAGCCCAGACAGCCCCAUCCUCAUGAAGAAGGUGUACGGCAUGCAGGAGUCGCCCAGCCUGGGUGAGAUCAACAGCCUGUCAGAGUCAUCUCGCUCCCUCAGCCCCAACUCCACUGAACCUGACACACCGUCACCCACAGGAGGAGGGCAGCCCGGGGUCGUAGGGGCAAAGAGCGGCAGUCGCAUCCCCCAGCUGUCCUCCAAGAAGAGCCCCCUGGAGGAGGACAGUGGCUCUACAGGAGAAGACACAGAUUCCACUGCCAGCCGCAAGAAACACACCUUCAAGAUCUUCAAGAAACAGAGGAAAUAAGGGCUACAUGAACUACAGGCUGUUAAGCUGCUUGACUGAAUUCCUCUGGGUGGUUUUUGGAAACAAGUUUCUGGUCAAUUUAUGGCGCACUUUGUUGCCGUUGAAUCUUUUUGUAGGUAUCACGCCUACUCUGAUGAACUGGAUUAUGGGAUUAAACAGUUGUUCGGUUUUAUCUGCUUCUUCGGUCAAUGUUGAAUAUAUGGGGAAUGGGUAGGUUUGUACAUUGGAAUGUAAAGUAUUAUUUAUUCUGCAGGAAAUUUGUGCCAGUCUCAAAGGGAAAAGUGUCUCCCAGUUGGUUUUUCUUUCUUGUUAUAUAACAUUUUGCAUGUCUUCACUUUAGUUUGACUGAUACUCGAAUGCUCUUAGUGUUUGCUUGGUUCUUGUCGUUAACCCAUUUAGACAACAUUCAAUGUUUUGGUUAUUACUACCUAACCAACUAGCCUACAAAUCCCAAAGUGAAUGCGCACACCUUUGAUUUUCACUGCGUACUUUGUUUUUAUUGAUGGUUAUAAGUUUUUCUGUCUUAUGUUGUGUCCUUUUUGGAAAAGCUUACACAUGAAGUAGAUCCUCCAACAAAGGAAUUUUAUUAAAAAGCUUAAUACAGACUCUACUAUGGCUCUUAAAAAUGUUAAACAGCAAAAGUAGCUACUUGGCUGGAUUUAUAUUCAUUCUAAAUGAUUCAUUUUAAAACAGCAGGGAAUUUAAAGACUAAAUAUCAAUGUACAACCUUUGAAAUUAUCCAAAAACAGCUUUAAGGAAGUUUGACAAGAGGUAAAUUGCCUCACAGAUUUAUACAAGUACCAAUUCAGCUACAGCUUUUGAUCUUAUGCUUUAUUUUAGGAUUUAGGGCUGAGUGCAUGUGAGCAUGAGUGAGAGAAAGAUGCAGUGCUGCAGCUUUUUAAAGUUUGAAUAAGUAAAAAUUUACUUAGAGAUCUGUUAAACCAGGGUUUUAACAGAUAACAGAGCUGAACAGUCCAGGGGUGAUACAAGUGUCUUUUUAUGAUAAGGCAGCAAUGUUACCAAACAUGCAGGUAGGCCUGUAAUUAUUUGGACAUUGACACUUUUCAAUAUUUUGCUCAGAUUUAGUGGAUUUAAAACAAAACAAUAUGUGACUGAAGUGUUGACUUUCAGCUUUAAUUUAAGGGGUGUCUGAAAAACACCAUUUAAGAAAUACAGCCAAGGUUCAGAUGGCCUAGUGGUUUAAGGCGUGACCCAUCUACAAUGGUGACUCGGGUUCGAAUCUGACCUGCAGCCUUUUCCCACAUGUCUCUCCCCAGCUCUCUCAUCCCUGUUUCAGAUUCUGUCCACUGUCUUCCUCCAUCAAUAAAGGCACAAAUAGCCCAAAAAAAAAAAAAAAACAGAAUUGCAGCCAAUUUAUUCAGAGUUUUAAAAGUAUUUGGACAGACUAACAUAUUUAAAACUAUAAAAAUAUUUUCAUUACAUGGAUGAAAAUCCUUUUCAGUCAUGCCAGGUGGCCCAGUGGUGAGGUCGCACCUAAUGUACGUGUACGGUCCCAGUUCAAGUCCACCCUUUGGCUCUUUCACCACAUCAUUCCCCUCCCUUUAAUCCUGUUUCUGACUCUUUGUACGGUUGUACAGUCAAUGACUGAAGUUGGAAACCUAUGGACAUUACCAAAUCCUGAGUUUCUUUACCCUGGAGAUGCUUUGCCAGGCCUUUAUUGUGGGUCUUUCUACCUUUAGAUUCAUCAUCUGUAUCUGAAGAGCAGUCUCUGUUGGGUUGAGAUCAGGUGACUGACUCAGCCAUUGAAGAAUAUUCCAUUUCUUUGCCUUCAGAAACUCUUGGGUGGCUUUCACUGUAUGUUUUUGGUCGUUGUCCAUAUGUGAUGUUAAGUCCUGUCCAUAUCAGUCUUUUUAGUGUUUGACUGAAUGUGAGCAGAGAGUAUUGGCCAUACACUAUAGAAUUAAUCUUGCUACUUCUCUUAGCAGUUGCUUCUCCAAUAAACACCAGUGAGGCUGCUCCAUUGGCAGCCAUACAUGCUUAGGAUCAUAAGAUGUUCCUUUCCUUCUCCAUAUUUUCUCUUGCUAUCAUUCUGGUCCAGGUUUAUCUUGGUUUCAUCUGUCCAAAGUCUUAGUACACUUAGGACACUUUUUUUUUUUUAAGAUGUUCAAUGGAAAAGUCACAGCCAAAAUCAGCUGUGUAUGCCACAUAUGCUUACUCAAACAUGGAAUUUGACUCUGGUUGGCUUUGCUCUCAAUGUACAGGGAUUAAAUAUUAAGAAGGAAAAGAAAAGAUUUUUAAUAUAAAUAUGUGCAACUUUGAAUACGACACUUUAAUAAAUGCAUACAGGUAUGUAUGCAUCAAAAAGCUGCAAAGAGUGCAACAUGCAUGAUAUUAAAGUAUGAAAUAUGUAAUUUUGUCACAUAGUAACAUGAGGUAGAUGAGACGUAAAUAGUGCACCGAAGAUGCACCGUUUAGUAAAGUAAGGCAUUCCACAGUGAUAUCCUUUUCUUUUUUUUUUUUUUUUUUUUUUAACAGUAUUUUUAUUGAAGUCAGUUAAAGGACAAUGCAAGAUGUUUUUACUUUAAACAAAGCAAAAGUACAUGUGAGAAUGUCUUGCCGUCAAGUCUAAUCUGGUCUUCCUGUUCUUGGAUGUUACCAGUGGCUUUCACCUUGCUGUUAAGUCUCUGUCUUAAUUGUAGAUUUAGGCACUGAAAUGCAGACCACCUCCGUGGUAUUCUUGACUUGUCUAGAUGUGGUAAAGCAGCUUGUCUUGACCAAGGAAAGGAUUAUGCUACCAUCCACCCUAGCUGUCCUUUGAGGGCUUUUUGUUACUGAGCCUGUCAGUGUGUUCUUUCAUUUUAAGAAGGAAGCAUAUUGUUGACUUAGACAGUUGACAAGCUUUUGCCAUCACUCUGAUGGGUUUUUUUUUGUUGUUGUUUGUUUUUCAGCCUAAUUGUGGGCCACAAUUUGUGGCCUUCUUCACUUGCGUUGAUACUUCCUCAGACUUCACAUUGAUAGCUCCAGUCAAACAUCAACAAAAUGCUGAUUUAACUCUUGCAGUCAUCUCCAGACCUUUUAUCUUCCUCCGUUGUCUUAAAUUAUAUGAAGGGAACAGGCCACAUGUGGCCAUGGAACUGCUCCAAAGUCAGUUGUCCAAGUACUUUGCAUAAAUGCUUGUAGUUCCUAAAUUGUAAAUGCUUUAUUGUUGUAAAUCCCCUCAAUUCAAAGCUGGAAUUCUACAUUUCAGUCACAUCUUUACAGUUUAAUUUAAUUUUCAUGGUGUUCGUAGAUGGAAGCAAAAUGAUAAUUGUGUCACUGUCCAAAUAAUUCUGGACCUAACUGUUAAGUUACCAAAACUUUCAGAAACCAGAGAAUGCAAGACAAUAAACUCAGAUCUGUUAUUAAAUUUAGAUAUUUGGAUAGAUUUAAUAGAGUGCACAGUAUGUUUAUCAAUGACAGACCUCAAAAGAAAACGUCUACAGUUCAAAACCCACAAAAAUGAAAGAGCAGAUUUUUCUCGCUUCUCAGAAAACAUUUAACGCAAAACCUUCAAGCAGUUUCAACCAAAUGUAAGUUUAUUAAACCUUGUGCAGGGUUAGUUUUGAUUUUAGGUCUUGCUGCUUCCCGUCUCUCAGUGAUAUUUCUGUUUAAAUGAUUGUUCAGGUGGACAGAGGAAACUUCUCAGCAGUUUGGGAGCAUGGAAUGAGCGCUGGAAAGGGCUAUAGUUACAGGACAGCAAUGUUUACUCUGCAUAAAGUGGAAGUUUUCUCUUUGUAAUCCACCUUUUAUGAAGAAAUGAGCUCUGGAAGCAGAAAUCAGAGUGCCAAAUCCCCCUUUUUUCCUGUCUGAGGCCUUUGUAUUUGUAGUGUGUUUGGUCCUAUGAGCCCCUUUUACACAGAAUCCUAAACAACAUGAUCUACAUCGAGUCUGUGAUGUACAUCCUGUGGUUUGAACACUGAAUGUCCGAGGGUGUUGUAGCUGUAACAGUACGAUCAGUACAGUAUGUUUACAUUUGUUACAGAUGAAUACUAUCCUCAGAUUACAUUGUGCCAGUUUUAAUAUUGAGCGCUUCAUACGAGCACAGAACUAUGCAUCAGUAGUUGUAGGUGAUUAUUAAAGUAGAAGGGACGCCGGUACACGUAGGGCGUUCCCGACCGAUGAACAACCAAAAGUGCUGCAAAAGACACAGUGGGCAUCCCCCAGCCUCAUAAUGUAACAGGUGGUUUGGAUGAAUAAGAUAUGUUUCAAUACUUUAUUUUAGCAACCAGUUAAAAAAAGUAUAUGUAUUUAUCAAUUUCCUACUGGUACUUUUGUAAAGUGUCAUUUGUACCUCUUUUGCACGACAGAGCUGUAAAUGAAAUAUGCUGUCUGAAUGUGCGAGAGUGAGUGUAUGCGUGCGUGUCUGUCUGCUCCCAGUAUAAUGCACUGCAAUGUUGAUGCAUGUCAACUGCUGUAACGAAACCUACAUUGGGUUAAAAGAGUGGAACAGCUUCAACUCGUUACUUCCUCCUGCCCUUCUUUUUCUUUCUAUUUGUUUUGGGUUUCUACUUAUGAAAACCUGCAGUAUAUUUGUACAGAGAUAAAGACAAUUUUGCAUCUUCUGUGAUGGUCUAGACUUUUAUGGCACUCCUGCAUGAUAGCAAUAAACUAUUUUGA